CGACUGGUUUCUUCAGACUCUCGCCAAUCAAAAUCGUUAGUGUUGCCCAUUGUUGAAGUGAUCAACUUCGUUCCCGGGACGUAGACACAGUUUGCAACCUGCUGUUGAUACCUAGUAUAAUUUACUAUGGACGUGAGGGCAGAUUCUUCCUCAAAGCUAAGCAGAUGUUACCAAAGACCCACCGAUGUACGUGGUCAUAGUUCAGCCCAAUUGGACGACUGUGCCACUUUUGAGACAUCAUCGACGACUUUUAAUGAAAAGGAAAUUUUGGAUGACUUCAAGUGUACGGAGGAACCAGGAGUUAGUAAAAGGGAUCGAGUCCGUCAUCUCUAUGGAGAUACUGCUCAACUACCGACAGUUCUGCGUCUACCUCCCUCUCGGGGCAAACGACCUCCACUAGGAAAGUUGCGAAAACCCAGACGCCUAUUGGCGAAUCUGGAACUACCAAAUUCGGAUGUAGGAAAAUUUUUCGUCGUGAGGGGAAACCCUUCAUCAUACCUUGAACAAAUAACGUCUGAUACUGUUGCAAUUCCUGCACGUCCAGUAGCAGCGGCGAGUCGCCCGUACGGCAUGUCUAUCUUGGCGAUCAUCGCGGCUGAAACGCGCGCCGAUCUCAGUAACACGAUUACGAUCGCCUCGGACAAACUUGAAGAAUAUCUACGAUACACCAAGAGUAUAGUGCCAACUGAUAUUUAGGUUGUACUUGCAAAUAAGUAAAUCGUAAUUGAGUACAUGCUUCAUUCGACUUUUUUGAAAUUCUAUUCCGGAUAUAUAUAGCAUGUAACUCUGUCAUAAAAUGUUUUUUAGUGAAAAAUCACACCUUGCGUAUAAAUCUUUGGGGGAAACUGCAUAUGCCGAAUCAUAUGGCAGAAAUCACCUUCAAGAAGGCCCUAUUUCGCUGUUGAUUCAAACAAAAAAAACAGCCUAUUAAAUUUGUCUUUCGUUCA